AUCUAGGGUCUUCCAUGAAGCUCUUUAUUAGGUGCGCUUAGAUAUAAUUACAAGUGGUUACAUUUGAUUCAAUUUAUAAUUUUCGAAAUACAAGCGAAUAAAUUUAAAAUUUCGGACAAUCAUUACGAAUAGCUUGCAAAUGUAUUUCUACAGACUUUCAAAAUGUAAUGACUGUGCGCAUGUGAUUAUCAGAAGCUUUAAUAAACAUGCAGUUGACAUUUGGUUGAUAUGAAAAUGAAUGAACGCAAUAGAAAACUGACAUAAUGUGUUGUUUAAAGCAAAUGAUAAAGGAAAUAAGAAAGAAACAUACAGAAAUAAGGAAUGACAGUAUUUCCUAAAUUUUGUUCGGCGUAAUAAUUUUUACUAUAAGUUUGUUUGGAAACAAAAAAUAAUCUAAUAGGUUAGGUGUCAAUAUGUGCAUAAACUUUGAUUUCAAUUAAUGACGCAUUAUUUUUCGUGUAAAUGAUAUUUACUAGUAUUAGCCAUAUGACUCAAUUCUAUUAAUUUUAUAUAUCAUAUAAAAUGGUUACUAUGUGGCAUCAACAAGUAUUUGCUCUUGAUGCUAAAUAUAAUGGACAACGUGUAAAUAAAUUACCUACUUUGGGGAUGCUUUAUAUUCGCCGUAGAAAUCAAUUACUAAAGGAAAAGUUUUGCAAGGAUCCGAAAAUGUGUGAAAACUAUUUAAAGUUAAGAUCAAAAUUGUUAUUUUUACGUUAUGGUGAAAGCUUGGAACAAAAUAGUCUUGGAAGUCACACAACGGAAGAUGAGAAAUCAGAAAUUAAGACAAAACUUAGUAGUAUACAACGUAAAUCGAUAGCAGAAAACUUUGCAUUUGAUGGAAUGCAUCAUGUUUUUGAUCAACAUAAUGCUCCUGUAGUAAUGUUAAAAUUUGCAAACAAUAAUAGAUCAAAACUGUGUUGCGCAUCACUAGAUGGACUAUUAUCAAUAUGUGAAGCAAUCAGUACACCACCGAAAGUCAUAGCCUUAUUAGAAGGUCACAAGAAAGGUGUUACUUCAUUAGACUGGAGUAUCAGUAAUGAUCUCAUAGUUUCAUCUUCUUUAGACGGCACUUUAAGACUUUGGAAUGUUGCAACAGAAACUAGUCCAGAUUGCUUACGAGUAGUUAAUGACCAACAACGUGCAGAAGUUUUAUGUUGUGGAUUUAUACCUGUAAAUAAUAAUUUAGUUGUUGCUGGAAAUUCCCAUGGUCAUGUACAAAUUUUAAAUAUAUCUACUGGUAUAUAUACUCGAGGAGGAUCUUGUAAAAUUGGAGGAAAAAUCUUAUCAUUGACUUGUGAAGGUAGUGGUGGUUUAGUGAUAUGGGCUGGAAAUGAUAGAGGAAUUAUUAUGUCAUUUCAAUUGGAACCAGGAACAGGUCGUUUAACAAAGUUACGAAGAGUACAGGAAAUUGGUGGAAUGAUAACCAGUCUUUCUUGGCGUUCAUGGUUUUCAAAGAAUGCUCCAUGGCCAGCACUUUUAGUGAGCAGUGCAUGUAACGUAGUACUGUUGUAUCAUAUCAUUGAUAAUCAGGGCUCCUUAUCUCUUUGGACCAAAUAUCCAAUAAAACACAAACAUUAUUUUGUGAGGUCUACAUUUUGUCCACAAAUGGAAGCGUGUUUAAUAGCCUCUGGUUCCGAGGACGGUACAAUCCAUUUAUUGGAUUCAGCGAGAGAAGGCAAAGCAGCAAAAAUUAAUCGACUUCAUGGUCAUGCAACACCAACACUUGCUUUAUGUUUUAAUUACGAUGAAUCUCUUCUUGCAUCUGCUGAUUAUCAGGGACUUAUUAUUUUAUGGCGUAAUCGUCAACGUCAUAUAUAAUCUUUAAUGUAAAACAAAAUGACAUUAUUAAAAUAAACAUCUUAUAAAAACAAUUGUUUUAAGUAAAGUAUGUAUAAUAAAGUUUAAAGUAAUCUUUAUCUAUUUUUCGGUUCUAAGUAAAUUAAUUACAUUAUCUAUUUUUUAUUCUGUAGAACAUCAAAUUUCAAUUCAAUCACUUUCUUCUAAAAUAAAUUAAAAUUAAUUAAAAGUAGUUAAAAUUAAUACAUAACAUUAAAAUGCUUUUCAUGUAGACAUGUGGAAUUGAUAGUGGGUAUGCAUUAACGGUAUGGGAAAUAAUAACAAUGAAAUGCAUACUCUAAGCAAAUAAAUUUGUUCUGUAUAACAAUA